AUGGAGUAUCCCGGAUCGAAGAAGCAAGCCAAAGUAAGAAAGCGAAUAAAGCGGAGAGCAGAGCUCCGACUUGAGAGUCAACCAACUCAGCCUUCGUCACCUAGAGCCCUCAGCCUAUGCUUCCUGAGUCAGCCUUCCUCUCCCGUUGAGACAGGUGAUUCGUUGAUCGAGACUAUUCCACUGACGAGCCAUGAGCUAAAGCAAAGGAUACUUGAUCCAGGGAUGAGAACAGAACCCAAGGAAGGAUGGCAAGACGAGACGAGUCAGGAAGCAGCGACUAGAAGCAAACAAAGAAAGAAUCAAGCUAGGGAACACUCCAGAUUUAGGCCUCCUUAA